AUGGGGAGGAAGCCGCAGCCGGUGGCCCCAGGCACCAGCCGUAGCCUGAUUAUCUCCCGGAACGCGCUUGUCUUCAGAAUAGAUCAACUAACCAUUUUAUGUGAUCAAUGUAAGGACAAAGCAUGGAUCACAUCCGAUGUCAUACUCAAAACACAAGAGGCACCGAUCAAAUGUAAACUUUUUGCUGCUCAAACCUUCUGUGCAAAGAUCACCUUCGACCUUGACCAACUUCCCGAGCCACACAGACUACAGCUAAGGGACUCGCUCUUGACGGCCCUGAGCCAGGAUUUGAUCAUCUCCUCCAAAAUCAUCCUCGUCCAGCUUUGUCUGUCUCUGGCCGAUCUGGCCUUACAACUCCCCAAAUGGCCCACAGUCGUCACCAAUCUGAUAGAGAAGUUUGGCAAGGACCCUAAAACCGUCCCGGUCCUGCUUGAGUUUCUUACCGUCUUCCCUCAAGAGAUUGUUGGCAAUUUGAAGAUCCAAAUUUCAUAUGACAUCAUUGUCCAAGCCAUGCCAAGCAACUCAAACGUCAAGUGGCAGGAUAUCAAAGCACCCCUAUUUUUGAUGAGAACCAUGGGCGCCAAGGUGGAUCUCAAAGAGGACGGGGUCCUCCCGAUGAUCAUGGACAUCAUCCCUAGACUACCCGCACAUCCUAAGAUCCAAUACGCUACUAUCCUUGUCCUCUGCCGCUACACCGAAUGGACCAAUCUUCAUCCCAACGGAAUCUCCUUCCAACUCCAAUACAUCUCUUCUGGCUUUGAUCAGACAAGCCGCAGCCCAAGCCAUGAAAUUCAUUUGAUCACUUAUCUUCCUCAAUUGCAUUCGUUUUAUCAAAACAUGAGCUUGACCCUUGGUCAGGAUGAUAUGAACAAAGUCUCUGCAGCCAUUGCACAUAUCAUUGCUGGUCUUCCUGCCCCUCAAGGCGCUGCCGCCAUGUCCACAAUCUGCAUGCCUCCUGUAGAAGGACUGCACAACAUUGCGGCCAGGAAGCAGGCACCCACCAAGCAAGUACAGCAAAAUGUUUUAGAUCUUUUGGAGCGCCUAGACAUGUUUCUUUUGAUCAUCGGCAGACUGGAAGGAGACCUGCUGCCGGACUGUCUCAAGUUGAUGGGCGAGAUCUGGACGGUUAUCUCUGAGAUCCUGGAGCAAUAUGGGAGCAGUAUCAAGCUAUCGGAUCGUAUCUGUGCGCUGAUCCGUCGCGGGCUGACGUUCUACGGCGAAGCCUGUCUGCCUCUCAUCGGCUCCGUCUUAGAGGAGGUCACUGCAGGCUUCGAGGCUUCCGGCUGCUCCAGUUAUCUCUGGAUCACUUCCAAGAUCGUCGCCGCGUUCCCUGAACGAACCGAUCCUAACUUUCUCUCGGCUGUCCAACUUGCCUUCGAACGCCAGAGUAAUCGUGUAUUCCCUCUCCUCAACGAGAACAAUGUUUCGCUCUUGAUUGUAUUUUUCUAA